UUUAACACAACGGUGGAAUCGGUCCUUAUUAACGGACAACGAUUUACACAUGGGAUGAGCAAUCUAUAUGACCAUAUAACAUUGGAUUUUCAUGACAAAUGUCAAAUUAAAGUCAAUUUUUAUCUAGAAAUCGCCAUAUUUAUUUCAUUGUCAGUGUUAUAUAAAUCUUUCAAAAAUAAGAAAAAUAAUAAAUCAGCAAAAUGCAGGGAAUGUCGAUUAAAUCGUUGACUAAACACAAGGCAUUGAUCCCUCUCUAUUUUUGUGUUGCAUUGGGUUGUGCUGGAGCAGCUUUUUACACGGCAAGAUUAGCUUUUAGAAACCCCGACGUCCAGUGGAAUAGAUCAGGGGAUAUUUCCAACGAAGAAUUCAGACAAAAACAAUACAAAUUCUACUCUCCUAAUGUAGAUUAUUCCAAAAUGGAAAGCCCUGCUCCCAAAUAUUAGAUUAUUUUAUGAAAUAGUAACUAGUAGUUAGCCCAUGUACAAUAAAUUAAUAAUUAUAAGCUAUUAAUAAAUGAAACGAAGGUAUAUUAG